UGUACGCAUGCGCGCGGGAGGCCGGUGGGGCUGUGCUGAGAAGGUAGAGGUCUGUAGUGGCGUAGCUUCGCUAUUUUCGUGGUCCAGGUUGUGCGUGGUGGCGCGGGUGGCCACGGAAGAAGUAGGUAGGGACUCGCCUCACUCGGGUGUUCCAGAUCUAUAUCCCCCACCCCCGCGUGUGACGGACCCUGGGGACGCCAGUUUACCCAGGGCUUGGAUCCCCUCGCUGUGCGUCAGGUAUAAUGGUUAUGAAAGCGUCUGUAGAUGAUGACGAUUCAGGAUGGGAGCUUAGUGUCCCUGAAAAAAUGGAUAAAAACAAUACAAACUGGGUAGACAUAACCCAAGAUUUUGAAGAAGCUUGUCGAGAACUAAAGUUGGGAGAACUACUUCAUGAUAAGCUAUUUGGUCUUUUUGAAGCCAUGUCUGCUAUUGAAAUGAUGGAUCCCAAGAUGGAUGCUGGUAUGAUUGGAAACCAAGUUAAUCGAAAAGUUCUCAGUUUUGAACAAGCUAUCAAGGAUGGCACAAUUAAAAUUAAAGACCUCACCUUGCCUGAAUUAAUAGGAAUAAUGGACACUUGUUUUUGCUGUUUGAUAACAUGGUUAGAAGGCCAUUCCUUGGCACAGACAGUUUUUACGUGCCUUUACAUUCAUAAUCCAGACUUUAUAGAAGAUCCUGCCAUGAAGGCUUUUGCUCUGGGAAUCUUGAAGAUCUGUGACAUUGCAAGGGAAAAAGUCAAUAAAGCUGCUGUUUUUGAAGAGGAAGAUUUUCAGUCAAUGACAUAUGGAUUUAAAAUGGCCAACAGUGUGACAGAUCUUCGAGUUACAGGUAUGCUGAAAGAUGUGGAGGAUGAUAUGCAAAGAAGGGUAAAGAGCACCCGAAGUCGACAAGGAGAAGAGAGAGAUCCAGAAGUUGAACUAGAACACCAGCAGUGUUUAGCAGUAUUCAGCAGAGUGAAAUUCACUCGUGUGUUAUUAACAGUGCUUAUAGCCUUUACUAAGAAAGAGACCAGUGCUGUUGCGGAAGCUCAAAAAUUGAUGGUUCAAGCAGCAGAUCUUCUUUCUGUCAUUCAUAACUCAUUGCGUCAUGGAAUCCAGGCUCAGAAUGACACUACAAAAGGAGAUCAUCCAAUUAUGAUGGGUUUUGAGCCCCUUGUUAACCAGAGGCUACUUCCACCUACCUUCCCUAGAUAUGCAAAAAUAAUUAAAAGAGAAGAAAUGGUCAGCUAUUUUGCAAAAUUAAUAGACAGAAUAAAAGCUGUCUGUGAGGUUGUGAACUUAACAAAUUUACAUUGUAUCUUGGAUUUUUUCUGUGAAUUUAGUGAACAGUCACCAUGUGUUCUUUCAAGAUCUCUGUUACAAACCACUUUCCUUGUAGAUAACAAAAAGGUUUUUGGCACUCAUCUCAUGCAAGACAUGGUGAAAGAUGCUCUUCGGUCUUUUGUCAGUCCUCCGGUGCUUUCUCCCAAGUGCUGCCUAUACAAUAAUCACCAGGCUAAGGACUGUAUUGAUUCGUUUGUCACUCACUGUGUUCGGCCAUUUUGUAGUCUUAUUCAGAUCCAUGGGCAUAACAGGGCUCGUCAGAGAGAUAAACUUGGUCACAUUCUUGAAGAAUUUGCUACCUUGCAGGAUGAGGCAGAAAAGGUUGAUGCAGCGCUCCACACAAUGCUGCUGAAACAGGAACCCCAGAGACAACACUUAGCCUGUUUAGGAACUUGGGUCCUUUAUCAUAACCUUCGAAUUAUGAUACAAUAUCUUCUAAGCGGCUUUGAAUUGGAGCUUUACAGCAUGCACGAAUACUACUACAUCUAUUGGUAUCUCUCUGAAUUCCUCUAUGCAUGGCUGAUGUCAACACUGAGUCGUGCUGAUGGCUCUCAGAUGGCAGAGGAAAGGAUAAUGGAGGAGCAGCAGAAAGGUCGCAGCAGUAAAAAAACAAAGAAAAAGAAGAAAGCUCGUCCAUUGAGCCGAGAGAUCACAAUGAGCCAGGCCUACCAGAACAUGUGUGCUGGAAUGUUUAAAACCAUGGUAGCAUUUGACAUGGAUGGCAAAGUGCGUAAACCCAAGUUUGAGCUUGAUAGUGAACAAGUUCGCUAUGAGCACAGGUUUGCUCCAUUCAACAGUGUAAUGACCCCACCACCAGUGCACUACCUGCAGUUCAAGGAAAUGUCUGACCUCAAUAAAUACAGCCCUCCUCCUCAGUCUCCAGAACUAUAUGUGGCAGCUAGUAAGCACUUUCAGCAAGCAAAAAUGAUACUGGAAAAUAUUCCCAACCCUGACCAUGAGGUCAAUAGAAUUUUAAAGGUUGCCAAACCCAACUUUGUGGUUAUGAAGCUGUUAGCAGGAGGACACAAAAAAGAGUCCAAGGUUCCUCCUGAAUUUGAUUUCUCAGUUCACAAGUAUUUUCCUGUUGUGAAACUUGUCUGAAAGAGACUGCAAAGAUGAAUAUGUCUUAGGGGAAACAUCCUGUCUUAUCACAUAACAUGAAGUUAAAUGGAUUUCUUGGAAUUAAAAGGAAUACUUUUCUUGACAGCUUUACCUGACAUGAUUGAAACUGCUCUUUUUAAAGUGGCUCAUGUUCCAUGGAUGAAACUGUCUUAAUGAAUGCAUUGAUGAACAUUACAUGGUUUUAUUACAGACUUAAUUAUAAAUCAUUUUUUUAUGAAUGAUUGAGUGGAGAUAGUGUUUGUAAAGGUUAAUAAAUUUAUUGACAAAACAG